UUUUCUGAUCUGAUCUCUGCAAAAACCAAUCGAUCAAAUCUUCCUCAACACGCUCCUUCAUUCACUUUCCUUCAUCAAACACUCUCCGCUUAGCGACGGAAACAACAACCAUGGCAGGCUUCAGCGGCGACGAAACUGCUCCCUUCUUCGGCUUCCUCGGCGCCGCCGCCGCACUCGUCUUCUCCUGUAUGGGAGCUGCAUAUGGAACUGCGAAGAGUGGAGUGGGAGUGGCAUCGAUGGGAGUGAUGAGACCUGAGCUUGUCAUGAAAUCGAUUGUGCCUGUGGUUAUGGCUGGUGUGCUUGGAAUUUAUGGGUUGAUUAUUGCUGUGAUUAUCAGUACUGGAAUUAACCCUAAGGCUAAGUCUUACUAUCUCUUUGAUGGAUAUGCUCACUUGUCUUCUGGUCUUGCUUGUGGCCUUGCUGGUCUCUCUGCUGGUAUGGCCAUUGGAAUUGUUGGUGAUGCUGGAGUCAGGGCCAAUGCCCAGCAGCCGAAGCUGUUUGUUGGUAUGAUUCUUAUCUUGAUUUUUGCCGAAGCUCUUGCUCUGUAUGGUCUCAUUGUGGGUAUCAUCCUCUCAUCCCGAGCUGGCCAAUCUCGUGCUGAGUAAAAUGAAGCCAAAUCAGUGAUAGCUGGGUAGUACGUUAUAAUUUUACUAUCUGUCUUGCAUUUGAAAUCAGAAUACUUGACUUUGGUAUAUUACUAUUAAUUCAUUUAUUUUCGCAGACAAGUCCUGUAUCUCUAAACUCUGUUAGUUUCAUGGAUUAUUCAUUUUGGUUGGCUGAUUAAUGAUAUUAUACUUGUUUGUUGAAA